ACAAAUAAUGCUUACCACAAGCCUAACCAUUUUGCAAGUGUAUGCCAGGAUAAAAAAAAGGAGGUUCAUGCAGUGAACCAAAAAGGUGCCAGUGACGAACAGGCCUUCUUUAUUGGUGCUUUAAGUCGCAACAAAUGCACAGAGAAUGAUAAAAGGAGAAGUAUUUAUCAUUCGAGAUUGACAAUGCAGCUCAUUGUAAUGUCAUCCCAGAAAGCAUUUGUAAGGAAAUGGGUAUUGUUUGUUUCAGUAAAGAAGGGUCAAAAGUUCUUUCCUAUUCCGGUCAUGAAAUAAAAACAUUGGGCAAGAGUGAUGUGGCAGUUGAGUACAAAGGAAGAUAUCAUGUGAUUGCGUUUCGGUGGUUGACGUAGAUGUAAUACCAGUAUUAGGGCUGCAAACUGCCACUGACCUUCAGUUAAUUCAGAGAUUAUAUACUGUGGCAUCAAGCGGUACACAGGAGACCAAACCAGAAAUACUCAGUACCUACGCGGAUCAGUUCAGAAGAAUUGGAGCACUUCCAGGUGAAUAUGAGAUAAAGAUUGAUGAAAGUGCAACUCCAGUAGUACACCCACCAAGGCGGAUCAAAGUCAAGGCUGAACUAUGUCAGACAGGAAGAGAUGGGUAUUGUCACAACGGUUGA